AUGUCAUUAGUAUUAUCAGAUUGUGAUUCAAACAGCUAAAAUGAUGAAAUUUAUUCUUUAGCUAAAAAAUCAAAACACAAAGUUAAAAUUAUUAAAGGAAACGUCGAUAAGAAAAUUAAUAAAGAUAAUGAGGAAAAGGAUCCUUUGUUGAUAAAUUAUAAUAUAUCUAAGUAUGAAAUUGUUAUUUUUGAAAAUAAAGAAGACGAUGUAAAAGAUAAUCUUAAUUUAAAAAAUAAUAGAAAAUAUAAAAAUGUAGGUUAAACUAAAUAUUAAAUUUAUAAUUAUAAUAAUGAAUAAAAUUUACCAAAUAAAAAAAACAAAUAAUAUGAAACAUAAUAAUAAUAAUAAUAAUAAUAACAAUAACAAUAACAAUAACAAUAACAAUAACAAUAACAAUAACAAUAACAAUAACAAUAACAAUAACAAUAACAAUAACAAUAACAAUAACAAUAACAAUAACAAUAACAAUAACAAUAACAAUAACAAUAACAAUAACAAUAACAAUAUCAAUAACAAUAACAAUAACAAUAACAAUAACAAUAACAAUAACAAUAACAAUAACAAUAACAAUAACAAUAACAAUAACAAUAACAAUAACAAUAACAAUAACAAUAACAAUAACAAUAACAAUAACAAUAACAAUAACAAUAACAAUAACAAUAACAAUAACAAUAACAAUAACAAUAACAAUAACAAUAACAAUAACAAUAACAAUAACAAUAACAAUAGGCUAAUAAAACUCAUAAAAUUAUCAACAAAAUAAAAAUAUAUAAACUAACUCAAAUGAUAUUAGCUAAUAAAAUAUUCAACUGA